GGGGCCAGCGGGGCCCGGCCAGUAGCGGGAGGCGGUAGCGUCAGGCGCCCAGCUGGUGGUCCCCGCGGUGGCCCGCUGCCCGGUCCGCAGGCUGAGGGAGCGGCGGCCCCAGCCCCCCGCGCCGCGCUCUCCGCCCCACCCCGCUCGUCGUCGGCGGCCUCGCGUCAUGCCAGGCGCUGCUCCCCGCUAGCGCCGCCGGGUCCGUUGCCCGCCUGCCCGAAGCCGCGCCCACUACCCAGAGCCAGAGGGAUGGUGGUAGUCACGGGGCGGGAGCCAGACAGCCGUCGCCCGGACGGUGCCAUGUCCAGCUCCGACGCCGAGGACGACUUUCUGGAGCCGGCCACCCCGACGGCCACGCAGGCGGGGCACGCGCUGCCCCUGCUACCCCAGGAGUUUCCUGAGGUUGUUCCCCUUAACAUCGGAGGGGCUCACUUCACCACACGCCUGUCCACCCUGCGGCGCUACGAAGACACCAUGCUGGCAGCCAUGUUCAGUGGGCGGCAUUACAUCCCCACCGAUGCUGAGGGCCGGUACUUCAUUGACCGGGACGGCACGCACUUCGGAGAUGUGCUGAAUUUCCUGCGCUCUGGGGACCUGCCGCCCCGGGAACGUGUGCGGGCUGUGUACAAAGAGGCCCAGUUCUAUGCCAUCGGGCCCCUCCUGGAGCAGCUGGAGAACAUGCAGCCACUGAAGGGGGAGAAAGUGCGCCAGGCAUUUCUGGGACUCAUGCCCUAUUACAAAGACCAUUUGGAGCGGAUUGUGGAGAUUGCCCGGCUACGCGCAGUCCAGCGGAAGGCCCGCUUUGCCAAGCUCAAGGUCUGUGUCUUCAAGGAGGAGAUGCCCAUCACCCCCUAUGAGUGUCCACUUCUCAACUCUCUGCGCUUUGAACGGAGCGAGAGUGAUGGGCAGCUAUUUGAGCACCACUGUGAAGUGGAUGUGUCUUUUGGGCCCUGGGAGGCUGUGGCUGAUGUUUAUGACCUGCUGCACUGCCUGGUCACAGACCUGAGAGCCCAGGGCCUUGUCGUGGACCACCAGUGCAUUGGGGUGUGUGACAAACACCUCAUCAACCACUACUACUGCAAGCGCCCCAUCUAUGAGUUCAAGAUCACGUGGUGGUGAGUAGUCCUGGUAGGGAAUAGAGCCCCUUCAGGGAGGGUGUCCAUUCCCCUUAGUGGAUCUGGGAGUCAGAUCCCUGGAAGGGCUCCUGACUGCCCCGGAACCUGCUGAGGUGAGGACUGAGCCCGGAGGCACAGCUCCAAGUGGACGGAGGUGCAGCUCUAGUCUCCCCUGCUAUUUCUUGGGGUCAGGCUCAGGGCUUGUGGCCCACAGGAUCCUGGUACCUGAACUUACCUGGCCUCUCCUCCAGGCAGGGCAGUCUUUACCUGAGGCCAAUGGGUCUGGCUAGCUUGGGCUUGGCCAGGAAGUCCAGAGAGGUUUUGUUACUUUCUUGACUUUGCAAGAGAGUUUCUGCCGUUUUUAGAGCCACAUUACCAAAAUAAAAUAGGCACAAUCACUUCCUCAGCCCUGUGCAGGUGUUCCUUCCUUGUGCUCAGUGUAUAGGUGUGGACAUAGAACAUGAUGGGGGAUUUUAUCCAGACAGCCACUCCACAGUCUCUGGCUGAAGAAGGAGCACCUUCUCUCCCUCCUUCCCCAAGAAGAGUCCCCUACUUUGUUUGAAGAUGUGAAAAGACUGUUUCCUUUCAAAAUGUAUUCACCACUUUUUGGAGAUGUAACCAUAGUUACCAAAACUAUGCACCGGGUUGGCCUUAGAAAAGCACAAUGUUUACAGCCCUGCUUUGGGCCUUGGCUUCUAUCUUCCACCAACCUUCCUUGCUUGCAGGGUUAUCUUCUCACAGGGCUGGAUUAUAAAUUUGAGGGGCGCCUUUUGAAGAUUCUCUAAGUCAAGCAGGCAAGGUGUCUACAUCUGUUAUCUUUGAGAUGUCACAUCCUUUUCUGGAGGCUCCGAAUACCUCUUGGGCUGCCAUUUCAUCUGUCAGGAUCCAGUUUGUGGUGAACCCUUUGAUGGGAGCCCCCUCUUUAAAAAAAAUAUUUUUUAUGUUUUAAUUACGGUUGACAUAUUUUAUUAUAUUAAUUUCAGGUGUACAGCAUAGUGGUUAGACACUUACCUACCUUACAAAGCACCCAUCUGACAUCAGUGAUUACAUUAUUGACUAUAUGCCCUAUGCUGUUCUUUACAUCCCUUUGACUAUUUUUCUUUUUUCCAAUUACAGUUUACAUUCAAUAUUAUUUUGUAUUAGUUUCAGGUGGAACCCUCUCUUUUUUAAACCUUGCUUUAUCCCACUGACAUUCUCCUUCUCGGAGAGUAUCUGUCCUAGAGAAAAAACGGAAGGGCUGGGUGAGAGGCACUGCUGUCCCAGGGGCUGUAGGAAGACAGCAGCAAACCUCCGUGAUGUUUUACUCCCCACAUUUCAGAGAGAGAAAAAGAUCCACGAGGUUCUGCUCCCACUGCGUUUCCUUCUCGCUCUGUGUGCAGCCUGGGGCAGCUAGUCAGGGUAUGGACCUGCAUCUCCUAAAGGAAGACUUUGCAGCACCAGUAUUUGGAGUGUAGCAUUUCUGUGCUGCAAUAAGGGCUUCUCUCUGUACUCGUGAUUGUACUUGGCUGUUUUGGGGUGUUCUUGUAGGGAGAUUUUGUUAUAUGUGAAAAGCUGGUGAGGACAGCCUCACUGAUCUCAAGUCUUACAAGACCAGAUUGGUGAUGUAGGGCAAGAGGGAGCCGAAAACAUCUGCCUCCUUCUGAGAAGGCCAAGCCCUGGACCCUUGGCUGAAUUCCUCCCUGAGGCAAUGACCUCCUGGCCCCUGUGUGGGAACAGAGAGCCAUGGCAUGGCUUUACACUCUUAUAUCCUAUUCUUACAUGAGUGGAGCAGAGAUACAGACGGAGAUCUAAGAGGAAAGUGGUCAGUCUCCUUGGUUCCGAGAUAUGUAUUCUUUCUAUUGUUCUCAUCCACAAUGGAUCGUCACGUUUCUGGAGCUGAUGUCCCUGCUUGGAGUUCAGCUCAACAACAUGCCUCUUGCCUUUGGUUUAAGUUGCUCUGAUUGGUGUUACUGCCUAAUACACGCUGUGGUUCAACCACGUUGAUUUCUUGACAGACACCGAGGCAAGCUAUUUAGGAGGAAGUCAAUGUGAGUAGAGAGCAGAUAAUUAAGCCCAUCGCUUUCAGUAACCCGGGCUUGACCCCUCCUCUUUCCCACCCCCAGCACAGCGCAUCACAGUGCUUGGUCAUUUAGCGUCUGUACAUGCAAGACCCGAAGCAGCUGGUAUGCUCAAACGCAGGUUUGCUAAAAACGGGCCCUGGAAGACUUGCUUGGGGCUACAGGGACGCUGUCCCCGUGCCUCUCAUUAGAGACACCCAUUUCUCUUUCCCUCUGCGAUGUCCUCAAGGUCGUGUGCUCUGUGCCAUUGUGCGGAGACCGGGUUCUAGGCCAGUAGACCAGAAAGAGCCAGGACACUGGCAUCCAACUUAGAGCUCUUUUUAAAUGGAGUGAACGCAUUCAGUGGCCCAGUUUGGCCAUUCUCUGAUAAGAGGCCAAGGCCAGCCUGAACAGUGCUCUUGGAAUUGGUGGUUUGUGGUGAUGGCCUCCAAGUAAAGGUUGUCUCUGAGAAAGUGACUUCUCCCAGUUGGGUCCCUUUUUAACUCUAAAUGGCCAGGCCCAGAGUGUAAGAAGGGUUGAAUGCUUCUCUCUGAUCGAAGGAAGGUAUAUUUUUAUAGAAUUCUUGUGCAUAAUGUCAGUAAAUGCCUCUCACCCUGACAAUGGACUAGAUUCAUCCUGCCGUGGGACAGGCCCUGGUUAGUGAUGUGUCAAAGUGCUGCCUCUGGAGCUUCCCUUUUGACUUUGGGCACCUUCUCUCCCAGGUGCCAUGCUCACUGGUUGGGAAGGUGGAAGUUUUAGGAGACAGGACUGUAUGGUAUAAUGGGGGCCAUAACAAAAUUCAAUAAAAUACUUAAUGGCAACAAAAAAGACGGGAACAAAACCACAGUGAACCACAUUACGUCAUCCCAGUGGAGGAAUUCUUUGGGCAGUGCUCUAAAUAGAAGAAAUAGAGGGAUCGUCACCAUCCUUUUUCUACCUCUGGCUAGUUCACCAGGCUGUCCUGUGCUUAGCGUUUGGAAAGCAGUCAGUUGUGCUCUGAAAGCUUCUAUUCUUUCUUCCCGGAGCUUAGGAUAUUCUGGGAACUGUCUGAGCCUCAGGCUAAUCAGGUGGUACAAUCUUGCUGUUCUGAGUUGCUCAUUGGAGGAGUAGGAAACGGACUUUUGCAAACCACAAAGUGGGGUGAGCCUCAGUGUGUGAUCUUGGUGUAAGCUGGAACCUGAAAGAGGCUUCAGAUACACAACAAGAACAGAACAAAAACUACGCACACCGAGCAGUUUGAUCCAGGUUAGAAUUUCAAACAUCAUCCUUCUGCACACCUCCUGUCUGUAUUUGAGUCUGAUAUAAGUGAUUAAGCUUUCUUGGGGACCAUUUUGCUGGGGCUCUUCAUGAAGGUGGUGCCUGCCUCAUGAUCCUUAAGAGGGAGGCUUUAAUCCAUCAGAAGCUGGAGUAUUGGGAACUGGGGUAGGAGAAGCACUUUCUGGAAUAAACAUAUAUGUAUACAUAUGUUAAUUGGGGGAAGGGUGGGGUGGCAGGGGGUUAGAGGAGUUGGGAACAAAGCCUGGGUGCAGUGAUGAGUCUGGAGUGUGGGAGGUCACCUGGGCUCAUUGUCUUCCUUCUGUAUGGUGUUGGGUUUGUGUGCACAGUAAAGCACUUCCUGUGUUCUUUCAUUACUUAUCUGUGAGUGCUUUGGUACAUGGAGCCUCAGUACCCUCACGUGGCAUUAAAAUCAACAAUAAGAA